UGCAAGCUCAAAAAUUCUACAUGAAUAUCAUUCGGAACUCAGCAUCUACACUGAAGACCUAUGUAGAUGAUAUGCAUUGUUCAUUCAUCAAGACCUUGACAUCUUCCAACAGCCCAAACCUCCAAUUUAAAUCAACAGUUUCAGAGAAUACUUUCAAAGUCCCCAAAACUGAACAAUUCUUGGCUAUAGAAUCACCUGCAAAUUUCCCAAUGCUAGAUGUGCCAACAAUUGUUGAUGAAAAUGAACAAGUCACCAUCAAUGAAAUUCUUCAGGAAUUGGUCAUUGAUUUCACCCAGUCUGUGAACAUAACAAGCUCUAAUCUCUCUCUACCUUUCAAUGGUAGUCUACCAUCUUUCGAAGAGCUUGUUUGUCUGGAAUUAUUUGUGAAGACAUCAAGUCAGAGAACAGCACCUCCCACUGAUGUUUUAGCUCUGUUGCAUCGAUACUUCUUUGAAUCAAAACCCCCAAUUCAAAGAGUACAUGAAACAAAAUUUUGCUUACCAUUGUUCAGAUUCUUACUACCAGGAGAGCAUUUGGAAGAUUUCAUGGAUGCUGAACUGGAUAAAGGCUCAUUGGUUGACGAAAAUUUACUUGCAGCUCACAAAACUUUCAACAAUACAAUGCAUGGUAAUUCAAAUGGAGAGGCUGGUACAGGCACUCAAUAUGAAGGCGCGGGUUCCCCUUCAUUUGAUGCAAUUACCAAUUCAAUUGACAUAGUUCAAAUGUUCCAUUUGUAUCGCGUGCCUCUAAUGAGUUCAGCCUGCCAGAAAAUCAGUAUAGCAUGCAUUGCAAUACUCAUGCGAACCCGAAUAUCCCUGGAACUCAGAGCCCAAUAAGGGUAAUGGACUUCCUAUCACCGAAACUCUACCCAAGCAAUAUUGCCACACCUAUUGAAGAUCCGUUGCUACUUCAAGCACUUGAACAACAUGAAGCACAUUCCAGUAAGUUUUCAAAAGCAGAAACUUCAACUUGGCAACAACGAGUGAACAAUUCUUUCAAAUCUGCGACACUAGUAAUUCAAGAACCGAAAAAGGCUGGUAACCAGGUCAUCUUUCCCGACGAAAUUGAGAAUGAUUUCUACCAAACAUUGGUUGGACUUCUACCCA